GCAGUGCUCGCGAGGCUCCUGUGCGCGCAGAUCCGCUCUCUUUCGUUUUCGUUUCCCGGAAGGAUUCUUAAUAGCGCGGCGACUCGCAUAAGAAAAGACGAACUCGGCUUCGCGGGGCUUCGCGCGACACCACACGCCGCAUUUGGUGCGCAUGUCGAUCGGCUAUUGAUACGGCACUCGGGCAUUAAUACCGGGGCGAAUAUUUAGGAGUUUGUUAGUCUUGAAGGUUACAGAACAUGAGUGACGCCUCCUCACCGCCACCUUUGAUAAAGCUACACAAGAGUUGUAAUGUGAACGAACCCCCGGUUUGUUCUGCGGUUCUGCGCGACCCUCAAAGCGACCCUCCCUCGGGGUACGAGACGGUGCCUGAUGAGCUCUGCAAGCUACCUGGAAGACUGCGGAUCAAUCCGUCUUUGUGGAACAAGGAGGACGUCAAUCUCUGGCUGCGCUGGGCUCAGAGGGAAUAUUCUCUGCGACGCGCCGACCACCAAAAAUUUGAGAUGAACGGAAAGGCGCUUUGUCUUCUGACCAAAGAGGACUUCCGUCUCCGCUGUCCCAGCUCUGGCGAUGUUCUGUACGAGCUCCUUCAACAUGUGAAGCAGCAGAGGAGAUGUGCCAUCUUCAGUCCGCUGUCCGGCUCACAGCAGACGCCCGACUCCCACGGGACAGUAAAUAGGAACUCCUGGGUGCUAACAGCCGGAUGCAGCGCAGAUCCGAGCCAGGAGAAGAAACCUGCUGAGCCUGAGCGUUCACGUGACAUGCACAGAGAGCUUCACUCUCCCAAAGAAAAACAUCAACAGACGUCUCCAGACGUCUCCAGACAAGCAGUAAACGUCCACUGCACAGACGAGCCUCUCAACCUCUCCAGUAAACCCACGAGACCCUCAAACAGCGCGCAAACCUCGGAGGCCAACGGAAAGAUUGCAGACUGCAAACUCUUAUGGGACUAUGUGUACCAGCUGCUGUCGGACAGCAGGUAUGAGGCCUUCAUUCGCUGGGAGGAUCGGGACGCCAUGAUCUUCAGAGUGGUGGAUCCCAACGGACUCGCACGACUCUGGGGAAACCACAAAAACAGGGCCAACAUGACCUAUGAGAAAAUGUCCAGAGCAUUACGCCAUUACUACAAGCUCAACAUUAUCAAGAAGGAGACAGGCCAGAGGCUGCUCUUCCGGUUUCUGAAGACUCCCGAGGAAAUCAUGCAAGGCAGGUCAGACCGCACAGAAGUGUCCGAGUCUCCUGACAGCCCUGCAUCCCCCGACUACCGAGAAGAGGCUCUGGAAGUAUCUCCCGUAUCGACUCCUACUACCAUGAGCCCCAGCUCCGAUCACAACUUCAGCAUAUCACCGAUCCCCUAACAUUCCCUGCCUCGUUCUGAUCCAGGAUCAGCCGUAGCGGUUCAUAACUGAAUGAGAAACCCAGAGCUGAUCUUCCGUCGAUGUGAAAUGCCAUCAGCAGCACCACAGAUGGCUGGUUUCUCCGGAAACGUCCCACAGUCUCAGACCACACGGUUUUGACUCAGGGUAGCAGUGUCCAGUUGUUUGCUGUUGGUCUGCGUUAAAAGCUAAGCGACACUAAUUUCUCAACACAAUUCUGAUUGAUUCUCAUAGUUGAUAGGAACAAGAACUUUCUCUCAGGUUGUAAAACUGUGCAAUGUUAUUUUUUUACAGAUUUGCGAACUGCACUUCAUUACUGUGUAAUAACAUCACAUUGUCGAUUUAUACAAUUCAUCAAAUAUCAUUAAUAACCUACAGAAUUAAAUCAUUAACUGCAUGAAGGGAGUUGACAAGUAGGACGCUUAUGAGCGGUUUUUAGGUCGAAAUGUAUGAAUUUGAUAUUUGAUUAAAAUUUUAUUUUAUCAUUU